UGGCUAUACCCUCCACCCUAUCGUAUCAUUAUCUCUCUCUCCCUCUUUCUCUCUCUCACUCACUCAGGCUCUCUUGUCCUCUCCUUCGCUCCUUUUAUUAAGUUCUGCCUCUGCCAUCAGCUUUUCUGCCUUUCUGUAGGACGCUAACUGCAGGUGAGGCUAUAUUCCGUAGCAUCUGAAUUUUGGAUGUAGUUUUGGAUGACCUCUGGCACGCCACAGCCUUGGUACCUGGAAAACUGUUCAUCUAAGGAUUAUGGGGUGCUGCUUAUGCCGGAGAACGAAAAAAGGGACGGAAGAUGCAGAUGAUGGAGAUGACGGUGCAAACAAAGAAAAUGGUGAGGACAAGGAAGAGGUGCUGUAUGCCACCAUCGACCACGGUACCAGCAAGGGCACUGAGAAGCCUCUGGUGAUGGAGGACAGCUGCGAUUACGUCAUGGUGAACAUUCCAUCCAUGCCAGCACACCAGCCGUGCGAAGCCGAGGACGUCACAGAUGAAUAUGUCCUCAUGAGCUGAUCCGUGGGAGAUGACAUCACAGCACCCUGCCCACCUCUCUGUUUGUCACUGCAUCCCAGAUGAAGUCCUUUUACAGAUAUUACCAGACAUGUAUUUUGGAGGAAUAAUUUCACUUACAGUGCUAGGGAUUUGCAUUGUCAAUUACCUUUGCUUUUCAGUUAUGCAAACGUUUUAUAAAUGUUUGACGGGACGCAAAAAGAAUGACAUAUUUUACAUUAGAUAUGGCUAACAAUUUUUUUUUACAGAUUAUUAAUUUCAAUUUUUAAUUUAAAAAAAUAUUCUUUUAAAUUAUUUGGUUUGCUAAAUAAAUAAAAUAAAAGUACCGUUUUUGUAACCCAGCAAUGUCCUUGUUAUUAAAGGUUUCCUUCUGUUCUUCAUAGGACUUUCUGUGAUGCACUAACAUGAACUGCAUAUGGGUCAUACAGGACCAAUACGGCAUAUAAGAAGUACCAGCUUAACAAACUAGGCAACCAGGAAUAUGAAUGCAUGUCCAUUCAUCCAUUUCCUGUAUCCGCUUCUCCUAUUCAGGGUCACAAUUUGACCUUUAGGCGACUCGCUGCUUGUAAGAUGGCGCCAGUGUGUUUGCCGUGCCGUCUGUCUCAGAUGCAUUUGUCCAUGAUUUUGUUGUUUUUUUUUUCGUUUUUUUAUUCCUAGUAUUGAGUUGUUGUUGGUUUGUGACCGCCGAACCUUGCUGGAUAUACAGUGCGCGGGAAACGCAGCGGUCACAGCGCUCUGGAGCAGGGCGGCUUCCCCGUGUUUCUCAUGAUUUGGUAAAUUACCAUGUUGUGCCAUGGUGCUCCGUGGACCCUCCCGGCACCUGGUUGGUUGGUACCACCUGUCGGCUUGGAUACGGAUGCCCAGCUUCCCAGGACCUUUUCACUGCGCAUCUGCAGAGGCAGUGUCAACCACCACAACCUUCGGCCGCCGAGACAGGGACCCCGGACGGCAAGUCUUCCGACUCCUGAUAAAUCCGCCCUGGUUAAUGCAAGGCCGCUAGUAAAUAAGACUUUUAUCGUAAAUGACUUACGGUUUGGAUUCCAUGUUUGUGACUGAAACGUGGGUGAGUUCUGGUGAGUUAAGCCGCCUUUCCGAGCUUUGACCCUCUGAUUGCAUGUUUUUCAGCUAUCCAAGGACUACUGGUCGAGGAAGAGGACUUACGAUCAUUUUUAAGGAUAAAUAUUUCUGUAGACAGUUAAUCUCUGCCUUCCUUUGCCAGUUUUGAGCUAACCGUGUCUGAAAUGGGUCAGCCCCUCCCGGUACUGUGUGCGGUCAUCUACCAGCCCCCUAAAUAUAACAAGGACUUUAUUGGUGACUUUUCUCAAUUUAUAUCAGAAAUUCAGUCUAAAUAUGCCCGGGUAUUGAUUGCUGGAGAUUUUAACAUUCAUGUGUGUUGUCCUAAAACUCCACUUGUAAAAGACUUUUUAAAUCUUAUUGAUGCUUUUAACUUUAUACAGUUUGUAAAUGGUCCUACUCAAGUACAUGGCCACACACUGGAUCCUGUUUUGUCAUGUGGUAUUCAGGUCGCAAAUGUGAAAGUUUUAGAAGCAGUGUUCUCUGUUCAUGCUCCGGUUUUAUUUGACAUUUCCACUCCAUGUCAUUUGGACAAUAAGUGGUGGAGACUGGGGACGGUUGCAACAAGUUUUUGCAACCGUCCCUAACCUGCCAGCCAUGACAGAACACCAUGUGCUAGCUAUUCAGAGUCAGGGAAACAUGCUAACAAUACUUUUUAAAAGUCAACACCACAAUGAUUUGAACUAGGUAUGUUUUGAUUAAUUAAAAUAAAAGCUAUGGACAGUAAGUAAAAAAAAACAACUUGCAAAAAAAAUUACUUUCAUACCUUCAAAACAGUUCUUUUUCAAUAAAUGCAGCAGCAGAUGAUGAAACUCUAUAGUUUCUCUCUGGUGGAGAGAGGGCCUAACUGAGCAUGUGUAGUAUGAGUAUCAUCACUCUAGCAUGUUUCUAAUUGGAGAAAUAAGACUUGUUGCAACCGUCCCCAGUCUC